AUGACUGAUAAAUUCAAGCUAGUUUUAAAUGUUCCUAAAACUUACGAGCAGUUUGUUUUAGAUAAUCAGUAUGAGCAAAAUCAGGAUGUCGCGGAUAGUUAUGCAGCUGAGUUUGGUGCUUAUGGUGAUGCUUUCAACCCUUCUUUAUCAAAUAUUCGAUUGGCACCUGCAAACGGAGAUGCUCAAAUACAAAAAAUGGCAUAG